AUGGAUAUUGAUGCAUUAGUUGAUGAAUUAUUCACCAAGAGUUGGUCGAAAAUCAGUAAUGGUUCCAAGAGUAACGAGUUCAUAUAUGCCUCACAGUUUACCGACUUGAUGGAAGAAGUGCAAACCACGAUAAGUUCAGGGAAUUUGUUGAAUGAAUCAGAAGUGAAAUUCUUGAAAGAAAUGAUAAAUAACAAACCACUUUUGAAAUUGUAUAAAAGUGAAUUAUCAACAUUUUUGUUGAAAAUGGUUGGCUAUUCCUCAUUGACGAAAUUCAUUACUGACAGGGCAGGUAUUUCACUUUUCAAUUUGAAAUUAAUUUUAUCAAAUCCUUCAAACACUAGAUCACUAAGACGAGAUAUACCCACCGGAUCAGAGACGAAGCCCCAUUCUGCUCGUCGAUUUGAGCCUGAUGUCACGUCAACUCCGGUUAUAAAUAGGGCCAAAUCUCAUGAAGGAGAGUAUAAUUCGAUUCUUCUCAAGGAGAAACAAAUAAUACAAAGAGAUAAUGAAAUACUGGUUAUGGCUACAGAAAAUAAAGUACUUCAAACAGAAUUAUCAGAGAAGAACAGUAAGAUAAGAGAAUUGGAGAACAAAUAUAGAGAACUCAGUUCCUACAUAGAGACGUUGGAAAUGAAGUUUGAUAACAAGAGUGACUUAAGUUCCAAUAGUGAUAGGCUAAUCAUAAGGGAUUUGGUCUCCAGGUGUAACGACAGAGACAAAACAAUUAAACAUCUUCAAACAGUUAUAGAAGACUAUGAAAAUCAAGUUCAUGUAAACGAAUCAAACCCAAUAAUCACUAAAUUAACCAAUUCGAUAAAAAUUCAACAACAGCUUAUCGAUGCAUUAACUGAAAAAUUAAAUUUAAAAGACUCAUCCAAAGAAUUGACUAGCUUUGUAACGAAACUUCCAUUCUUGAAACAAUUCUAUAUGUAUUUCAAUUAUCAACGUCAGCACAAGAAUAUGGGUAUGAUAUUCAUGAAUGUAUUGACGUUGUUCUUAUCCAGCAUUGUUAUGAUGACAGGAUUAAGAAUAGUAUUCUUGAUGGUUUUGUAUGUUCUUAGUGGAGAGACCAGAUUUGAAUAUGUUCUUCAGGAUGAAGACUAUGAUAAAAUAUCUAUUAAUUGGUGGCAAGAGUUCGAAUGGUUGGAAUAUUUGAUGUAUAACCUUAAUGAUUGGCUUGAUGGUUAUUCACUGUAA